AGUUCCAGGAACAUUGAUUCUUUUUUUCUUCUUUUUUUUCAUUGGUGAUCACAACAACAAAAACAAAAAUCAAUAAAUUUUUCAAGUUAUCGAAAUAAUCUCAGAAAAAAAAUUUCCCGAAACAUGUUAAUAUUUAAAGUUUUAAUAAUAUCCACAAUGUGUAUGAUAACUGUUUUUGGUUAUCAAUCAUAUGGUGGUGGUGGUAGUAGCAGUGGUGGUGGCGGUGAUAGUGGUGGAUUUAGCAGCAAUGAUGGUCAAUUCAAAAUGGGUGGUGGAGGUGGUGAACGUCUUAGUGCUGCUGUUUUCACCAAACAUACAUUUGAAACAAAAACUGUUGAUGUUCCAUUCGAAGAUCAAGAACCACAAAUUAUUGAAAUUGAUGGUGGAAGUCUACCAUUAGAGAUUCAUUUCAAAUCUGCAUCUGGUCGUAUUAAGGUUAAACAAAGUCAUGAAUUGGGUGGUUCCGGACAAACCGAACAUUCACAAGCAGAAGAAGAACCAAUGCGUUUGGUUCAUGAAGUUCGAAAACCAAUUAUACAGGAAGUACGAGAAAUUAUUACACCAUAUCGAAAAGUUUAUCAAGAAAUUCAACCAGUUAUGGAAGAAAUUCAUACUGUCGUUGCUAAAGGUGAACAACGUCGACAAGGUCAUGGCGGUAGCAAUAAAGGAGGCGGAGGAGGAGGUGGUAGUGGUGGCGGCGGAGGCGGUUCAGGAUAUGGAGGUGGUUCAUCUGGAGGGGGCGGUGGAUUUAGUGGCGGCUUUGGUGGUGGUUCCACAGGUGGUAGUGGUGGCGGUAGUUCAGGAUAUGGGGGUGGUUCAAUGGGUGGCAGCAGUGGUGGUGGAAGUUAUGGGGGAGGUUCAACUGGUGGUAGCGGAGGGGGUGGAAGCUAUGGUGGUGGUUCAACAGGUGGCAGUGGAGGUGGUGGAUUCAGUUUUGGUGGUGGUGCAUCCACAAAUACAAAAACUCCAUACUUAAAUCAAAACUAUUCGAUUCGAAAAUUCAUUCGCCAAUCGUAUAUACAAAACAAAACAAAAAACAUGAAUGAUCCAAUGACUGAACAAAUAAUUUUAAUUAUAUUUUUCAUUUCUUACAUUAUAAAUGUAUUGAUCUGUUAUUUUAUUCUGGAUCGAAUUCAAUUGGCACAUUUUUCACAAUUAAUUACAUUAUUAUUAUCCGGAUCGAUACAAUUAUAUGCCGGAUUUUAUCUGUUCAAAGCAAAUCGUUUAGAAUCAUUUGAAAAUACAAAAGGUGUUAUUGCAUUGGUACCAAUGUUAAUGGAUAUGAAAGGUAAUAUUGAAAUAACAAUGGCAUCAAGAAUGUCAACAUUAGCACAAACACAAUCACAACGUAUGAAUACUUGGUCAGCACUUUUUCAAACAAUACGACAAAAUAUAACAAUAAUUCAUUGUCAAGUAACAAUUAUAUCGUUUGUGGCCGUAAUAUUGACAACAAUUUAUUUGGAUAUUGAAGAUUUAUCAUUCGAUAUACAAUCAAUAUUAUUAUUAUAUGCAAUUGCAUUAACAACCGGUGCAAUUUCCUGUUCAUUAAUCGAUAGUCUUGUUACAUUGAUUAUUGGUUUUAUAUCGAUAAAAGGUGUGGAUUCGGAUGAUGUUGCAACAUCAUUAGCCGGAUCGGUUGGUGAUUUAAUAACCGUUAUAUUGGUCGUACAAUUUGCUAAUAAAUUUUAUAUUCUUGAACAAUCAAAUCGUAAAUGGAUUUAUUGGCUAAUAAUCAUAACAUUAUUAUCAAUAUUUCCAUAUUUAAUGUAUUUAAUAUCGAAAAAUAUUGAAUCAAGUCAAACAUUUAAACGUUCAUUUAAACCAUUAUUAAUUGCAACAGUAAUAUCGAUUAUUGCCGGUUUUGUAUUUGAAUCAACAAAUGAUGAAUUUAAACAAAUGUCAAUGUUAUUACCAAUGUUAUCCGGUUAUAUUGGUAAUUCUUGUUCAAUAAUAAUUAAUUUAUUAUCAACAAAUUUCGAACGAAUUAGACCACAACAACAACAACAACAACAACAACAAAAACGACAUCAUAAUAGUCGAAAUAUUGAUGAACGAACAAUAAAAUGGCUAUUAACACCUAAAGAUGUUUUCUGGGAUUAUGAAUAUAGUGGAAAAAUAUCGAAAACAAAUCGAUCACAUGUUAUACAUGGCGUUAUACCAUGUUUAUUUUUCUAUCUAAUGUUGGUUGCCAUAUUACAAGAAAAUCAAUAUAUUUAUAUAACGGUAAAAUUUGUUGUAUUUUAUCUUAUAUUCGGUAUGAUAUUGGCUAUAUUAAUGAUUUUUAUUACCUGUAAUGUUGUACAUAUAAUAUUUAAAUUGAAUCUAAAUCCAAGUGAUACAACAAUACCAUUUUUAACAUCAUUUGUUGAUCUUAGUUCAACAUUAACAUUAUAUACAUUUUUUCAUAUACUUAAUGCUUAUUCUGAUCCAAAUAUUCAUGUUGAACCAUAA